AUGCCAAGUACGGGAGACCCUGGCCUCAGACCCCAGACACUUGACCCCUCUGACCGCGUCCUUCCUUUCAUAGUCCGUCCCUUCGAUGAAUGGGCCGUGGGUCGCACCCAGUCCCUCCCUCUUUCCGCCCUCAAAGGCGCCGUUGUCGGAAUCGAUGCGUCGCACUACAUCUCCCAGCACCUCGUCAACCAGUCUACCCGGGAAGCGCUGCUGAGCGCGCUCGGUGGAUUCCCCUUCGCCCUGAGGAGCAACAUCGAGAAAGAGCUCCAGACCUUCAAAAACCUCGGUAUCGGCAGCGUCUUCGUCUUCAAUGGCCUCGAAUUUGGCAAAAAGGAUCAGCGCCCUGCCGCCCAACCCACUUCGACGCGCCCAUUCGAACAAGCAUGGGAACUCUACGAUCAACAGCAGGCAGACCAAGUGGUGGACGCCUUCAGCAACGCUGGCACCCCGCCCCCGGAAACCCUUUACAAAUUCCUGCAACGGAUCCUUCACCAGAACGGCGUUCCCUUCCUCGUGGCCCCCUACAGUGCGGCGGCUCAGCUCUCCUACCUCACUCGCGGCCCCAAUCCUGUGGUGGAUGCAGUCUACGGACCGUCAGAGAUCCUUCUGUUCGACCUUGACAAGCUGGUCACCAAAAUUGAGACCGAGCCCGCACAGUUCUUUUGGGUUACGAAGCAGACUUGCCAGGAAGAACUCGGGCGACUGUCGAAUGAACAAUUCCUCGAUUUCUUGCUGCUGCUAGGCUCCCCUUUCUUGCGCUCUUUCCCGGUGUUCGAGAACCCCGCCUUCACUGGAAAGGGACCAAAUGUUCGGGAUGCUCUACCCAUGUUCAACGCGGCUGGGCGAAGCGCCCUGACGCUCUGCGCCCAGUUCGAAGACGACCGUCGCAUGCAAGAACUCCAGUACACGGACCGCUACAAACGGGCGUACAUGGUCGUGAAGCACCAUGUGUACAUGGAUGUGGAUGGCCGAGUCGGCCCCAUGAAUGCGGAGAAUACCUCAUCUGACAUGCAUGAGCUCAUCGGCCAGCGUCUCCCCGAGGAGCUAUAUUUCUACCUCUCCAAGGGUGUUAUGGGGGCUGACGUCCCGAACUUUUUGACAUCGGGCGAAGUGCGCAUCCAGCUACCCCUUGGUGCAGAAGAUACAGAGGUUUACCGUCAACUUGUGGGAGACAAACUCACUCCGGUCCGCACGCAGUCUAUUUGCUUGUUGGCAAACUCGCUUCACCGCUUCUACCAGACUAAAGUGAUCCAUGUGCGCCCGUGGUUUGACGAAAACUCAGAGAGGUCUAUCAACCUCAAGGGAAUCCCGUCGGUCAAGGAGACCAUCCAGCCCUGGAAGGUCCAUGGAGACCAGUUCCCAGAGAGUGUUAAGAAACUGCAAGCGGCUCGCGGGUCCUUCAAGUUUGCCAUUCAGAGCUUGAAGGAGUCGGACUUUGUGUCCAAAUCGUUCGCUGCGAAGGACACCCCCAUUCUAUCGUCACAACAGGAUAUCUUGUCGAAUGUGAUGUGGCGAUUCCUACAACUGCGUGGUUAUGUUAAUGAGAAACACGAGCUUACCGGGUGGGGCAAGUGCCUGGGGCAAGCGCUAUCGGCGAUGGACUCUACAGACAAUCUCGAGGAAGCGGUGUUCCUGGCCAUUGAGAUGCUUCGGCUGGAACUCUUGAACACCGAGCACUGGUUCUCACAUGUGUCUGGUGGCCCGAUGCGAGGAUCAGAGGAGGAUAAGAAGUUCAACAUGCUUGUUUCGCGAGUAGCAUGUAUCGCGAAGCUCCAACACAAGAGCAUUGGAUACUCCGGCCCUCUGAGCCGUCAGCUCCUCUGCUACCGCUCGCUGAUCGCCGAGGUGCGCUCUACGUUGAGGAACCUGAUUGAGGUGGUGAUGGCUGGCCUGUUCUUGAGCGGAGAGGCCGACCGGGAUCGGAAUGACUGGACCGAGAUGAGCUUGAAACUUCCUUUCAUCGAUGAUAAUGACUGCGGUCUUGGAAUUGCUGUUCGCACCUAUCUGGAUGACCUUCCUCUACAAGCGGACCCUACCUCGCCCGAUGCUCGGGCGGAGGUCAAGGCAAAGGGCAAGGAAUGGUUCCAGCAUAGCGAAAGCUUCACCGGCAACUUGGACCGGGCGUUUAAGCUUUGGGAUGCGGUCUACCAUGGCACCCAGAAUGCAGGCGACGAGUUCAAGGAUGCCAAGCUCUGGAGUAACGCGAACAAGUGGCUGUCGGAGCGCCGGUGA